AUGUGCGAUUGUAUUCAGAGGGAGGAGUUGUUUGCAAUCUGCUCGAUAUUCCCAGAUUUGAUAGCGUCUAUUUCUGGAAUCAAGAGGCUGAAUAUUCCUUUUGAUUCGAUUCGCGAUUUACAAAAGGCACACUUUCCUAUCGAAGUCACUUUGAGGAUAAGUUCAUCUAACUGCUCAGGGGGUCCGGAGAAGGUGAUCAGUAUCCAUUUUUGUUGUGGUACUGAAUAUCCUGACACUAUGCUCAGCUUUCGCAUCAAAGGCAGUAAAAGAGUCACUAAGGGACAAUUGGAUACACUUCAUGUCAUACUCACAGAAUUGACUGAGAACAUGAAGGGCCAAAUAUGCAUGAAGGAGUUGAUUGAGGCUAGUCAAAAUUAUAUGAAGUCUCUAUCUAUACCCACCACUGUUUUCAAAACUCCAAGAAGGGAACACGAUCUGAAUGUGGGAAAUGAUGAUAAAUAUGUUCAAAAUCAACAGGUAUCCAGACAAAAAGCAGUAAAAGCUGAGAUCGAACAUAUUGAUGAGGCUAUUCAGUGGCGUUUAUCAUUAAAUGAGGCAGAAAUACAGAAGAAACAAACAGAAAAAGAUCAGUUAUCUGAGAUUUUUUCGAAUUCAGAAGGUAACGCAUCUGAUGCUCAAAUAUCUGGAGUAUCCUCCCCUCCAAAACAGUCCUUUCGGCUUAUUAUUAGUAGAAAAUGUCCAUUAAGUAGACAUUCGGCUGUAUGUUCUUUGAGCAUGUUGUACUUGGGAAAUUGCGCAAAACUGAAGAAGUAUACCACAUUUGAACAGUAUGAAGCAAUGCAUAAAUCAUUUGAAUCCGUUUUUAUUGAAAUUCAAAGAGGUUGUUGUGCAAAUGGACCUCAUAAUCAAUCCGUUCUGUUGAAAAAUCUCAGUUCGGAUGUAUUCCCAUGUGUGUGCUAUUUUAAUAGCUUAGAUGUGCGAACCGGUGCUUCACUUCAACUACACGAAUGGGUGUUUCAUACCAGUUAUACUCACUUAACUAACAAAGAUUUCUUGGAUAGUUUCCUGACUCAGUUAGCGUAUUUUUCUGGGCAAAAACAACAUCCAAAUCUGUGUAAGAUCUUGGGUGUUGAAUGUACGAGAAAUUUGCCGGCCUGUGGUAUUGAUACCAGUGUUUACCACCGAAGUAAGGAGAAGUUAUGGGAAAACUGGAAUGUUGUUCGUUUAAUUACCGAGCAUCCAGAAGGAACAAGUUUAGAAGUUGUUGAAGGUGGAGCAUUUCAUACAGUUACAAAUAAUAAAUUCGAUCCUGACUCAUUAUUUAAUUUAUUUUCAAAACCUAUUCAAAUCGAUGAUAAAAAGUUAACGUGGAUGCGUUAUGUGAUUAGACAGAUUGUCAGUGCUUUAUCUUGGCUUCAUGCCCUCUCACUUGCGCAUAGAAAUCUGCACCCAUCUAAUAUAUUUGUGGAUAAAUCGGGUCAUGUUACACUAUGGAGAUAUGAAUACUUUUCAAGACUUGAUCAAGUGGUUACUGAAAACCUUAAGCAACUGGGUAUGCAUUUGCCCAAAGAGGCGUAUCAAAGUAAUAUUCACUUUACCGGUCGUUCUGUACAGCAAAGAGAUGUAUACCAACUUGGUUUUGUUAUACUUCAUCUUCUCGUUGGACCACUACCCUAUACCAAUGUGAACCACAUAACCCCAUUUGUAUCUCAAUUGUUAGAGAGUUUAGAGGUGACUCAACCGGUUUUCAAAGACUUCCUACAAACAUGUUUAUUUUCUACUACCACUGCUACUAAUAAUAAUCAAACUUCUCUGAUUGAUUUCCUGAUGUCACAUCAAUUUUUGCACGAUAAUGUUCCCCAUUAUAUAUCACCUCUUAUUUCAAAUAAAACGAGAGUGAACGCGAACAUAGAUGAAGCGACAGGUCGAACGCGUACUUUAAGCAAUCAAGAUUCGCAAAUUGUUGAUGGGAACCUCACUUCCAAAUGUCCUCGGUUGUUUGAAGAUUUUACUGAUUUCACAUUAAUUGGAAAAGGUGGUUUUGGUUGUGUACUGAAGGCACGAAAUAUAAUUGAAGAUCGUGAUUAUGCUAUCAAAUGCGUAAAAGCCUCGAAAAGUCAAACGGACACUUUAUUCCGUGAAAUUCGCACACUCUCAGGUUUACAACACGAAAAUAUUGUGAGAUACUUUACAUCGUGGCAAGAUACAUUCACUGAACCACUUCCCUAUAAAAUAUGCCAUGACGAAGAUGCAACUGGUCAUGAUUUUAAUACAAAUUCACAAAAUAACUCGGCUAAAUAUCAUAAAUCCAGAUUAAAUUGUUCACCUAUAAAUGAUGGUCUUGAAUUAAGUGAAUUUGUUGCAAAUGAUAAUGCAUGUGUAUUCGCUAGCCGAUCUAGUCGUGUAGAUGAAUCCUGGUGUGAGAUAGCUAAGAAAUCUACAAAAACAUCUCAUACCUAUCUCUUUCGAGUCCCUGGCGAAAGUAGUGAUGACACUGAAGAUUCAGAAAACAAUUUACCUUCAACUACAUCGUCGUCAUCUUCAUGCGCAUCUUCUGAUUCUGACUCAUCAACUCAGUUUACGGAUGCUGUGACUACUCGUAGAAAAAGAAGGGAUACACUAGUGAAUAAGCAUGAUUCUGAUAAUAAGGCUUCAUAUGUAAAUAACUAUGAAAAAUCGAAGAGCGAAUACCGAUACAUUAUUAUCCAAAUGGAGUUGUGUCCAUCGAAGUCACUAAGACAUGUAAUUGACUUUGAAAACUUGUCAUGUAGUCCAGAUAGAGCUUGGAGUUUAUUCCGUGAAUUAACUGAUGGACUGGCGUAUAUUCAUUCCAAAGGCGUUAUUCAUAGAGAUUUGAAGCCAGCUAAUAUCAUGUUAGACUGUAAUGACCAUGUGAAAAUUGUAGACUUUGGUCUAGCCACGCGAACUGUACAAGAACAAAUAAUGAAUGCGCGCCAAGCAGUUGCUGCUGAAUUUCAAAAAUCCAGCAGACAAGCAGAAUGCACAAAUUUUCAUGAAGAGAAUACAUUGGUUACACAUGAAAGAUCAACCAAUCCUAUUGAACAUAAUCGUAACUCUAUGAAUUUCUACGAUGAAUCUAUGACGCACAAUGUUGGUACUUUCUUGUAUAUAAGUCCUGAAGUUCUACUGUUAGGCCGUCAGAAACACCGGGUCUAUGAUGAGCGUGUUGACAUAUACAGUUUGGGAAUAAUUCUCUUUGAAAUGUUUUACCGGGUUAUGCCAACUUCAAUGGAACGCGUGUCUGUCUUAACUGAUUUAAGGAAGGAAAAGAUUAUCUUUCCGAAAGACUGGUCCCAAGAAGAACUGGUCAAUCAGACAUGGUUGAUUCGUGCUAUGCUUCAACAUGACCCGUCUAGAAGACCAAGUGCGUCUGAUUUACUCACGUCGUCACGUGUACCACCUUUCAAGUCAACUGAAGCAGCAUUUAAGAAGCAACUUAUUGAAAUAUGUCGAACUCCAGAUAGCAACUUAUAUCGUUUUGUUACUCAUACUCUCUUCUCUCAAGCUUGUUCUGGAGCAUCAGAUUUACUAUAUGACUGUAAUACGGGAAUAGCUUCAGUUCAUAGACAGAUUGAUGAAAGGUAUACAUCUCAAUUAUUGUUGAGAAAUUAUUUCGUUCAGGAUAAUCCAAAUAGCUUGUUGUUCAGUUAUCUGAAAAUACGCAGGUUUAUAAUACAUCUGGUAGAAACUUCAUUUAUUGCGCACAGUGGUGUUCUAAUGGAAUCUCCUACACUUGUUCCAGUCGUUCAUCGAUGUGAUCAGACAUCAUGGUUUAAUCAGUCAAAACAGGAUGAUGACGAUAGUGAUAUUAUUGGAGUGAAUAAUAGUCAUAAUGUUGAAAACUGGGAUCGUUUAUCAGCUGCUCCAGUUUUAUUAGAUGAAAAUGGACUACCUGUUCGCUUACCUGAUUCCUUGCAUAUAGCAUUUGCUCGUUACCUAGCGCGAUCAGGUUCAGUUUUAUUAGAAAAUCGAAACGAAUCAAAUCCUUUAAAACGUUAUGAGUUUGGUCGAACUUAUCAUAGUUCUUCCGUUUCAAAUUCAACUGAACCUCAUAUAUUAUUUGGUUGUCCAGUAGAAGUUAACCGAGCAGCAUUUGAUAUUGUUUCUAUGGAAAACAGCACUUACUGGGUUGUGGAGUUAUUCAUCAUUCUACGUGAAAUAACCAAAAAAUUGUUCCAGUCAAAAUAUCUGACAUUUUUUCUGUAUGUGAAUCAUACCAAUUUGAUUAAAGCACUAUUCAAACUGUCUGGUAUUCAAUCGGGUUCACGUGCAACUGUUUGGCGUCAUUUAUCUGAAGCAAAUGCAGAUCCAAAACCUGUUAAUAUGUCCACUUAUUCAUUCUUCUUUUCAUCAGUGAACUAUAAUAAUGCUUAUUCUCAAGCAGUAUCUCAUGCUGGAUGCACUACAAUGUUGUCAAAUUCGGGUGGAUCAAGAAAUAAUGAACCGACUCGUUCGCUUAUUUUACCUGAAUACUUGACAAGUAAACCUCGUGGACAUGCACAGAAGCGUUUUAUGAAAAUUAUUCGUUUGGAAUCUGCUCAUGCUGGCCAUAUACGUGAAGUAUUUAUUCAACAUUCAGCCCAACAAUGUCACGUAAUCAGUAGAAUAAUAGAUAGUGCAGUGAAAUUAUUGGAGGAGCUAACAGAUAUUUACAUGAGAUUUGAUUGGUCAGGAAGAUUUCAUCUCCGAUUUACCCCAGGAUUAGUCCUUCCGCAUCAUAUGUACAAUGGCCUGGUGUUCCAAUUGACUGCAAUGUCAGAUUCUUACCGGAAGUCAGGCGUAUCUGGUUCUUCCAUCAAUCACUGUUCUCGUAAUCCAGAAGACUUGUCAAUCAAAGUGAAUCCAAGUCCGAGUAGUAAUAUAACCCUAUGCAAAACAAAUGAUGCGCACCCAACGUUAACUGUGUUAGGUCAAGGGGGCGAGUAUACUCAGUUAAUUGCUAAACACUGUGUACCCAAAGAAUUCACUACUAUUCGUUUGCCAAGAAAAAUAUCUCGUAGUGGUUGCGCUUCUAGUAACUUAAAUGUGACUGCAUUGACUACAGAUAAAUGCCCUUAUGCCGUCGGUCUGAGUUUGGAUAUGGAUAAGUUAAUGCAGUGUUAUAUGAAUUCGUUUGGAAAGAGUACCGUACAAUUUUCUUAUCAUUUAAAUGACUGUGUGGUAUUCAAUCCUAACUGGCGUAUAUUACUUGGUUGGGAAUCGCGUACUGUUCAAACCCUUCAUGAACUGUACACGUGCUCCUUCCGAAAUCCUGCAGCUAAUUAUACUCGUCGUUCUGGUCUGGGAUCAAGUCAGCGUUCAUCGAGUGAAUGUGGUAUUAACAGUCCUAGUAAUGUUAAUAUCGCCAGUAGUAAUAUAACACCAAUUUCGAACAGCUCUGCAUAUGACUUGACAACCAACUCCACUGGGAAUACAUCAUCUCAUGUUGGUACCUCUGGAUUACAAAAUCCCGCUACACUGUCGGAAUCAUUUGUAUUAACACAGAAUGUCCUAAAACUAGCUUUUCACAUGGCUCAACUGUUUUGGAAUUUGAGCUGGCCAUGUGAAUUAUUAACUAAAUCGAACUUGGAUGUCGUACGUGAAGCUGAGGAUAGAGAGGUCGAAUUUGCUGUCCGUGUUAUUCUAGUCAAACUAUCCACAUCCGCUGCAGCUAACCUACCAGUUGGGUCAAAACAGUUAUCCCUUGUAACCUAUCAAAUAUGGGCUAGACACGACGCUGCCGCGUUUGGCGGACAACAUGUUAUGGUUUCUGAAAUGCGAAGAUCUGAUCCAGAAUCUGUGCUAAAUUAUUUUUAUUCACGUCUUCCAACAGAUGUUCGUCGAUCUUCGUUUGACUUUGACAAAAGUUUCACAUCUAUGACGUCAAAGAAUUCGACGGAGUUGAUUCAUUAUUCGAAAGAUUUUCUGUCAAAUCCUAACCCUGAAAAAACAAUCAUCUAUUCCCCGAGGUUAAUUGAACCAAGUAGUCGGGUAUCUGAUGUUACAGAUGCAAAAGAUUUCUCUUCUAGUGUUGUUAAUCCUUUACGUCGCAGUACAAACAAACAAAAACAGCAAUUGAAACGCUCCAAACGUAAAUGA